GUUUUGUACUGUUAAUUAUUUCUUCCUUAAUAAUGAUAAGGAAUGAUGGGUUUCAGUUUUGUACUUUGCAAUUGCAUUUUCAUAAUUAUGGACUCAUAAACCCAAUUGAAGCUUGCAGCUCAUAAAGUCUGAAUCUUGUUUUGAAAUCCAUUUGGAAUCAGUGGAUCUUAGAAUGGGAAUGGGAUCAUUCCAUUGUUGGAUGACAGAAGAUGCUUGUUUCCUGCAUUAAACAUUACAAUUGCAAUGGAUGAAUGGAAUGAUAUUGAGUAGACUUGGUACAGAAGGACACCCAUUUUGAAGUUGGUAACAAGUGCUUGGAUUGGAGAAGAUGGCAAACAGUGAGGAACAGAAAUUCCAAGUUAGAAAGUUAGAGCUCUCGGAUAAAAGCAAGGGCUUUAUAGAACUACUGCGACAGCUAACCACUUGUGAUUCUGUGUCUGACAAAGACUUCGAAGAUCAAUUCAUGGAGCUUCAGUCCCGUGCUGAAGACCAUCAGGUGUUUGUUAUAGAAGAUGAUCGCUCUGGGAAGAUUGUUGCAACUGGGAGUGUGUUCAUUGAAAGGAAGUUUAUAAGGAACUGUGGUAAAGUUGCGCAUAUUGAAGACGUUGUGGUUGACUCCAAUGCUCGUGGAUUGCAGUUAGGGAAGAAAAUUCUUAAUUCCCUCACGAAUUAUGCUCAUUCUGUGGGAUGUUACAAGGUGAUACUUGAUUGCAGUGUUGAUAAUAAAACAUUCUAUGAGAAAUGUGGCUACAAGCAGAAAGAAAUUCAGAUGGUGAAGUACUUUAUUUGAUAAGUGUUUUGAUCUUCAGAGUUUGUUCUAGGACUAUACUUCUGAGUAAUGAUGAUCUGAUAACUUUACCCUAAUUAACAUCAUCAUGUAAUGAAGAGAAUAUGAGUUGCCAAGAUGGGAUAUGACUGAUAAUUCUCUGUUUUCAUGUUCUUCUAGUC